UAUAUCUGUCUCAUUGUUCUAUCUGUGGUUACAGCUAAACCCCGCAAUUAAGACAAGAUGGCAGGACUGCCCCGCAGGAUUAUUAAGGAGACUCAGCGCUUGAUGGCUGAGCCUGUCCCAGGCAUUAAGGCGGAGCCUGACGAAGGGAACGCCCGCUACUUCCAUGUCGUCAUCGCCGGGCCCCAGGACUCACCCUUCGAAGGCGGCACGUUUAAACUUGAACUCUUUCUCCCCGAGGAAUACCCCAUGGCAGCUCCAAAAGUACGCUUUAUGACCAAAAUAUACCACCCCAACGUAGACAAGCUGGGAAGAAUAUGUCUAGACAUCUUGAAAGAUAAAUGGUCUCCAGCCUUGCAGAUCCGUACUGUCCUGCUAUCAAUCCAGGCAUUACUAAGUGCUCCCAACCCUGAUGAUCCUCUAGCGAAUGAUGUUGCGGAGCAGUGGAAGUCCAAUGAAGCUCAAGCCAUAGAGACGGCCCGGACAUGGACCAGGCUUUACGCUCAAAACAACAUAGAAGUGUAGAAAACGUAAAACAAGCGGAAAGAAACUGAGCGGGAAGUCAGUGUGAGAACACACUCCUUAUUUCUGCCAAGACCUCUUCUUCCUACUUCAUUUGCAUUUAAAGGACACCGUCUUGGAGAAAAAAAAGGUAUUAUUAUAAUAAAAUAAACAUUUAAGGAAUAUAUUAAAAAAGAGGAAAAAGACAAGUAAAUUGGUGAUUUUAAAUGCACAUAAGAGAAAAAAUACUUAACUGGUGGUCUUUGUCCUAACUCACUACUGUUCAGAUGCAUGGGCAGCCAGGGUUGAGAUCUAACUCACCACCUGGCUUUCUUUUUCCAUUGAUUUGGGAGGAAACCGCCAACCUCUGCUUUUAACUAGCUUCGUAAAGAAAAUUUUAAAAAACGAAGUGUUUGUCUGUCCCAUGUUUUUUUCGGAGGGGGUGGGUUUGAGGGAGACAGUGGGGGUUCUUGUCCAAGAUGGCCAAACUUUUCUUUUAACUUUGUUUUCUCUUGUUUUCGCUGGUUGUUUAUUGAAAUCCGCUGAUUAGCCCCGUGUAGUAGACACACCCUUUGAUACAGGCUAUUGUUGGACUCAUUACCCUGUUGAAGGCCAAGCCGCAAAAAAAAAAAUCAACAUAGCGCCUGCUAAACCACUUUAA